AUGAGGGGUGACGAGGUCCGCUUCUGCACAGGCAACCAGAGUGUCUCCCUGUGCUCCCGAGGGCUGGACCCCGGGGCAGUGGCUCCUGCAGCCCCCAAGAUGCCGAGGUGUUUGCAGGCCACCCUGGCCUUUGCGGCCGCGACCGUGGUCUCCUCUCUUGUGGCUCUCUUCGUUGUGGCUCUACAGCACCCAAGACCUGCACUGGAGACAUACGCCUCCCUCCAAGAGUUUCCGGAAGACAACAGUACUGGGCAGUUCCUCAAGGCACACAACUAUCCCUACCACUUUGGCAGGGAGGCAGAGCUGCAAGAGGCUAUCCAGAUGUUUAAAGGGCACGUGGAGAAUUCCAGCACCUGGAGCGUGGAGAUCCAGAUGUUGACGUGCAGAGUGGACAAUGUCAGUUCUCAGAUCCAGAUGAUCGGUGGUCAUCUGGAAAAUGCCAGUGUUGACCUCCAGAUGGUAAAAGGCAUCUUAAAGGAUGCCAGCACCUUGAGUUUCCAGACCCAGAUGUUAAGAAGUUCUUUGGAGGGGACCACUUCUGAGAUGCAGCAGCUAAAGGGAGAUCUGGAAGAGACACAAGCUUCACAUUCCCAGAUCCAGAGUUUCUUAAAAAGCAGUUUAGAAAACACUAGCGCUGAGCUCCAUAUGUUAAGCAGAGGCUUAGAAAAUGCCAACACGGAGAUCCAGGUGUUGAAGGCAGGGUUAGAAACGGCAGAUGCUCAGGUCCGAUUGGCAAACAGUAGUUUAAAGAAUGUUAAUGCCCAGAUCCGUGUUUUGAGAGGCAGUCUGGACAGUGUCAAUGAUUUAAGGGCCCAGCAGAAAGUUUUAAGAAGUAGCUUGGAAGGUGCUACUGCUGAGAUGCAGAAGCUAAAGGGAAGUCUGCAAAAUACAGAUGCUUUAAGCUCCCAGACCCAGACCUUUAUAAAAGGCAGUUUAGGCAACACCAGUGCUGAGAUUCAGGUAUUAAGAGGUCAUUUGGAAAGGGCUGGCGAUGAGAUUCACCUGUUAAAAAGAGCUUUGGAAACUGUCACUGCCCAGACCCAAACAGUAAAUGGUCACCUGGAACAGACAGACGCUCAGAUGAGAGUAUUAAAAACAGAGCUAGAAAGCGCCAUUGCCUUAAGUUCCAAGAUUCAGGUGUUAGAUGGUCUUUUGAGAAACGCCAGCCGAGAGAUACAGACCUUAAAACAAGGAAUGAAGGAUGCUGCGGUCUUAAAUUCCAAGACCCGGAUGUUAGAGAGAAGUCUGCAGGAGGCCAGAGCUGAGGUCCACAGCUUGAAAGAGGAUUUGGAGAACACCAAAGCAAUGACUACGAAAAUCCAGGAGGAGCAGGGUAGCCUGGAGACCUUCCGUGCAGCGUCUGCCUCGCAGAAGCAGCUCCAGAGGACCCAAAAUCAACUCCUCCAGCUGAUCCUGCAAGGCUGGAAGUCCUACAGUGGGAGCUUGUAUUACUUUUCUCAUGUCAAGAAGACUUGGCAGGAGGCUGAGCAGUUCUGUGUGUCCCAGGGAGCCCACCUGGCCUCGGUGACCUCUGAGGAGGAGCAGGCAUUUCUGAUACAGUUCACGAGUGCCUCUUACCACUGGAUUGGCCUCACUGACAGCGGUUUGCAGGGCUUCUGGCGCUGGGCGGAUGGCACACCCUUCAAUAGUGCCAGGAGCAGUGCGUUUUGGGACAAGAAUCAGCCGGACAACUGGCUACACGAGAAUGGACAUACGGAAGACUGUGUUCACAUGCAGCGGAAGUGGAAUGACAUGUACUGUACCGCCCUCUACCAGUGGGUCUGCAAGAAGCCCGUGGGCCAGAUGUAG